AGAGAGAACGGGAAAAGUCACAAAAGCGUUCUUUCUUUGUCUGUAGAGAGAGAAACCCUCCAAAAUUUGCACACUGUUCAUUCCUCUGCCUUAAAGCUCAUUUCCGCUUCACUACACUACCGGAAAGGCGGAAUCUCCGGGCAACUCAGAGCUCCGAGUGGUUAGUUUGGCUCGCCGAGUCGACCAGAUUCCGACGACUCUCUGCACAAUACGUUGAGAAUCUCCCCUUUUUUCGUCUUUUCUAUACUCGCCGGAGUUUCUGUGUGUGGAAUUUACUGCGGGAAAUAUGGAGUGGCCUACUUACUUGGAUGAGUAUGAAAAGCUCGUCAUUCGCAUGAACACCCCUAGAGUUAUAAUCGAUAAUGCAGGUUGCCCCCGCGCCACGCGUGUUAUGGUGGAUAGCGCGAGAAAGCACGGGAUACUUCUGGAAGCGGUCCAAGUUCUCACGGAUCUGAAUCUGUCAAUCAAGAAGGCAUACGUAUCCUCCGACGGUCGGUGGUUCAUGGACGUGUUUCAUGUUACCGAUUUGGAUGGGAACAAGUUAACGGACGAGAAUGUCAUUAAGUACAUUGAACAGUCACUGGAGACAGCCCAUCAUCCGAGCUCAAAAUGUUUUGAUGGUUUAACCGCAUUAGAGUUAACAGGGACUGACCGUAUCGGUUUGUUAUCUGAGGUUUUUGCCGUGCUGUCUGACUUAGAGUGCAAUGUGGUGGAAUCCAAGGUGUGGACACACAACGGCAGGAUCGCAUCUUUGAUCUACCUCAAGGAUAACGAUUCUGGGUCUACUAUUGAGGAUUCACAAAAGAUAGACAGGAUCGAGGCGCGUCUAAGAAACGUUUUAAUGGGAGAUAACGACAUUAGGAGUGCCAAGACGUCUGUUUCCAUGGCGGGUACACACACAGAGAGAAGACUUCACCAGAUGAUGUUUGCUGAUCGGGAUUAUGAGAGGAAGCCAGUGGUCCCGUUAGUGUCUGUUUUGAAUUGCCUUGAGAAGGGUUAUUCCGUUGUGAAUGUUCAGUGUAAGGAUCGGACCAAGCUUCUAUUCGAUGUGGUUUGCACGCUCACAGAUAUGGAAUAUGUCGUGUUUCAUGCCACGGGGAACACAACCCGAGACAGAGCGCACCUGGAGUUCUUCAUUAGACACACAGAUGGAACCCCAAUCAGCUCAGAAGCGGAAAAACAGCGCGUGAUCCUUUGCUUACAGGCGGCCAUUGAACGAAGAGCAUCUGAGGGUACAAGGCUUGAGCUAUGUAUGGACGACAGACAAGGGCUGUUGGCAGAGGUGAUGAGAACCUUCAGGGAAAAUGGGCUAAACGUGACAAGAGCCGAGAUAUCGACGGUCGGAGGCACCGCAUCGAACGUGUUCUACGUAACCGAUGCCAGUGGCAAUGAAGCGGACCCGAAGGUAAUCGACGCGGUCCAGCAAAAGAUUGGGUUUGGAGUGUUGAAAGUGACGGAGGUGUGUGAUGAUCAAGAGACAGAGGAGAGUGAGGAAGGCGGGUCAGUUGGUGUGGGUGGGACCAUGUUGCUCUCCCUAGGGAGCAUCGUAAAGAGGAAUCUCUACAACUUGGGAUUGAUCAAAUCUUGCUCUUGAAUCUUUCUUGAUUGAACCGAAUCAAACCUUGGCCUGGCCUGGCGCCGGUGUAUAGAGUAGGAAGAAAGUAGAGAUUGGUUGGGUGAUAGCAGUGGGGUGUUGUUGUUAUCACAGUGGGUGGAACAUGGAGACAUGUGGUUGUGGGGCCCGCCUCCCAUGCCAGUUCAGAAGUUUGAAAUUUCGGUGAAGGUGUGAACAUAGAAUUAGUAAAGAGUAGAUUGCUUGGUAGGAUUCCGGUAAGACGUGGGUUCAUAUUUGAUAUGUCUGGAGAUAGAUACGCUCCGUACUAGGUAUAGGGGACAGCCUGGCGGCGGUGAUAGAGGAAGAAUAUUGAUUUGUACAUACCACUUUAUCUUAAUUGAAUUCUUUGACUUCUGUUCUUUUUUAUUAGCACUAGUAUUUAUAUAUAAAAGUAAUUGUAAUAUAAAAAUGUUAUACGGA